AUGAGUAGAAUAAUCGAAUCAGCAGUUAGGCGAAAUGAAUUCAGUGGAGUGGUACGCUUCUUUUUCCGUGGAGAUGACGGCAAAUAUCAGAGUAAAUGUUUACGCAUCACAAAUACAGCGACUGCACGACAACUAGUGAAUAUACUUGUAGAAAAAUUUCAUCCAGAUUUACGUAUGCUUACAGCUGGACGUUAUGCAAUCUAUGAAUAUCAUUCAAAUACUGGAGAGCGUCGUCUUGGAGCUGAUGAAGCACCUCUUCUAGUUCAAUUAGAUUGGACAGCUGAAAAUCAAGAAGGACGUUUUAUCCUGCGUGAUGAAUCUAAACCACAAACAAUACAACGCUUUGAUACAACACAUCAAAAUGGUUCGUUAACACCUGGUGCAAAAUUACGAGCAAGUAGUAAAAGUAUGCUGAAUGUUGACAAUCCUACAGAAGAUAAACACAGUCGUGGUUUUGUCCGUAGAUGGUCAUCAGGAUCACGAAAAAAACGGCGAAAAUCAAGUAAACAUCGAUCUGGCAACAUUGAUGGCGGUGGUGAUGGUGAGGACGAUGAUGCCUGUGAUGGAGUAGAACAAAUCCCUGAUACAACAUUCACACGAACCUUGUCUAAUCCAGAUGAAGUUCUGCGUCGAAGACGGCAACAACGUGUACAUAAUCGAAAUCAAGUGAUGGAAAUAGGCGAUGGGAGUAAAAAAGGCAGUUUGGUAAAGAUCUAUGGGAAUGCCUUGAAUCCAACUAUACCGUAUAUCCUACUACCAUUAUCUGUUCAUGAUACAUCAGAACAAAUUGUACAAUGGACAUUAGAAAAAUACAAUCUUAUUAAUCAUGUCGAUUCAAGAGAUUAUUGUUUAGUUAUGGUGAAUUUACCUGCACGUAGCAAUGGAAACAGCAGUGGAGCUGCUAAUGGUACUGAACGUCUACCUCAUGGCGUAGACAAAGAAAUCACCCUGCAUGAUAAAGAUUGUGUUCUGAAAUUCCGUGAAAUGAUUCGAUCCAAUUUUGGUGUAUCGAAUGUCAUACAAAUAAGACAUCGACAUAUACCUGGUAAAGAUGGAAAACGACCACCGCUACCACCUCCUGCUUAUCCACAUGUACCAGUUCAGCAUCAAGAUGUUCCUAAUUCUGGUACUGCUGCUGCUAAUACAGUUGUUCCAGUUCCCCUGAAUAAUUCCUCAAUUAACAAUGGUAAAGAGGCGGUAAGACAAUCACAGCUUAAAAGUCAACAGUUGGAUGAAAUGCCGUAUUUAAUUGAAGUGGUCAAUGACACAGAUCAUUCAGUACAUCCUAGAGGACUGACUAUUGAUUUAGCUGAUCUAUUUACAAGAGCGUAUACUUUACCUAUCAAACUUGGUACAGUGGAGAAUAUGGUUGGACCAUAUCCUAAUAUAUUAGUCGAUAAGAAUCAACAUCCUGACAUUCGACCAGUCCAUUGUACAUUUUGUGUUGUUAUAACUACAAACAGUCCACCAGUAACCACAACAUCCGCUUCUUCUUCUACAACACUGAACAAUCCACCAAAAUGGAAAUUACCUAAAGCUGGAUCAACAUUUGAUCUAGAAAAUUAUACAAAAUUCUCUUUACUUCUAACACCAUCAUUAGAUGGUUUUGCUAAGCCAGCUGGACCAGCGCUGAUUCGUGUCAAUGGUACACGUGUAACAGGUCCAAUUCUUAUCCCAGCGGAUGCAAUUAUACAACUAGGUAAAUCAUUAUAUCUGAAAUAUAUUCAACCAAUACAAAUUAAAUCGAAUCAGCCAGCGAAUAAUCAGAAUAAUAAUAAUAAUAAUAAUAUGCAAAUGAAUACAUCUCACUCACUCACAGCAUUUUCAUCAAAUCAACACAUGAAUACAUUGACCAAUAGGAAUAAAGAAAAACAGGCAACCUCGACAAAUGAUAAAAAUGAGGCACAACGAGUGAAACAGGAAUUAAAUUCAACUGGUGUACCGUCGAAAUCACAUCAUCAAUCCAAAUCCAACCUUCUAAGCGUAUCAACGAAAAGACAAGAUUCAGAAGAUCAUCAAAAUGGUCAGGUGAACACAUCGUCAUCUUCUUCUCCUUCUUCAGAUCAGCUGCCUUUAUCGAUUGAUUUAGAGAAUACCAAUGAAUCAACAGCUUUUGACACGCUGAUGGAUCAAUUCAUUCAUCUGCUCGAUCGUAUUCUACAAUGUGCUCAAUCUGAUCUAAUCACUGGACAUCGGUCAUCAUCACACAGAGAUGUUGUGAACACGGUGAAAAGUCGUUCAUUCCAUCUAGCGCCUGCAUAUGCAAUGUAUUUAACCUAUAGAGCGUGUAUUAAAAAGUUGAACGCAUCGAAUCAAUUCCAGCCAGUUGAACGAGAUCAUUAUAUUUCACAUUUAACAAAUUAUAUGGCUACUCGAAUAUAUGAGUCCGUACCAAAUUUCAAUCGUAACUCGAAUACUGAUCCCACAUUAAUCAAACCGCUAACUUAUUGGCUUGGCAAUAGUAGUGAACUGCUACACUUCUUUAAAAACGAUAUUGAUCUCUGUUCGUCGAAUCGAUCAAAAGGCUGGGAUCAAAAGAAUGACCGAAGUCAAACGGAUGGACUGCCAGCAUCAUCAUCAUCAUCUAUGGUUUGUAGAGAUGCUCUACAUAUUCUUGCUGAGACUGUUGACCAUUGUUUCUAUUAUCUACGUUCAGUUAUGACUGGUAUCCUGCAACCAUGGUUGAUGUGUUUAACAUAUCCGGGGGAUUUAGAUUUACAGGAUGACAUACUUCUCGACGAUAAACCGAUAGAUCCAACAGAAAGUUGGAAUAAGCAUAAAGAGCCAGUCAGUAUGCAAAUUAUUUUACAGUACUUCACCUACUUGAUGCAACAGCUGAGGAAGUCACGUGUUAACGCCGCAUUGACUUUCCAGUUAUACUCACAAUUAUUUCAUUUAAUCGGUGCGCAUAUAUUCAAUACAGUGUUAAUCGAUACAGAGGCUAAACCAAGGAAUGUGUUAAGUGAUGGUAAUUUAUGGUUGACACGACUUGGUGCAUCCCGAUUGAACAGGCGAUUGGAUAGGAUUAAAAGAUGGGCGCAUAAACAAGGUCUUGAACUGGCUGUUGAAUGUCGUCUACAACGAUGUACACAGGCGUGUCAGCUAAUUAUGGCUAAUCGUACAAAUUUGGAUGAAUUUUAUCAACAUUGUAUAAGUUUAAUAUCAUUGAAUAGUAUUCAACUGGAAUGGUUAUUAGCGCAUUUAUCCGACCCCCCACCUGUUCCUGAUGAAUGGAUUGAUUUGAUUGUAACUGGUGCUAAAGAGGUAAAUGAUCGUGCAUACGCUGAUGAAAUGGAGCAUUAUAUUAGUACAGGACAAUCAGAUUUACCGAUUUCUGAAUUACAGUUGAAUGAAUUAAAAGAACUCCCAAUUCCUUUAUUGCUCCCAGCUGACGGUUAUGCCUCAGAUGCUGUACUGACUGGUAUUCCUGAUGGUCUGUUAGAUUUUCUACGUCCACUGAUUAAAGACGGUUUGAUCAAGGUGAAAAAACAUCCGAUAACUAAUGGCCAGUUGGAAAAUCGACCAUGGACUAAUUGUAUGCGAUUAGCAAUGUAUGAAAAAGAACACGACAAUCGAAAUCAGCAUGUAGUACAGUCAAGACGACAAGGAACAUUACCGAAAUCUUAUCAAGAUCGUAAAAGUCCAAGCACCACUACAACUACUGUCAAUCUUAGUUGUAAUAACAAGUCAGAUAGACUAAAACAGCGAACACACAGCCACAGUGGUGAUCAUGCAGAUGAUUUAAGCCAUUCUUCCAACAGUCUAACAAGCAACACCGGCAGUAUCGACAGCAGUGGAAGUAAUUUCAAAGAAUUCUCCACACAAACAGUUCGUUAUCAACCGAGCAAGCCGAGUACACUACAGAAAUCAUUCAAUCCAUUGUUGUCAGCCAAUAAAGAAACAAGAACGCAUGCCUCAUUACCGGAUCUAAGUCAUGCGAGUUAUGAACAGCUGGCAAAAGACGCGAAUGUUCCAAUAAAAUCGAUUACACAAUUCUUUUUGAAAAAGUAUAAUAAUAGUUUAGGGUUGAGUAUAGUUGCAGCGAAGGCUGAAGGACAACGUCUUUAUGGAAUCUAUGUUAAAGAAAUUGUACCGAAUGGUGCAGCUGAUCGUGAUGGACGUCUAAAAACCGGCGAUCAAAUUCUAGCUAUCGGGAAUACAAGUCUAAUUGGUUGUGCUCAAUCAGAUGCUGUAGCGAAGAUCUCGAAACAAAGUAAACCAGACGAUGGUGUCCAACUGGUUAUUGCUAAAAAAGCAGCUCAAUUUCAUAAAAUUAUUGAAUUAAUUCGACCUACUAAUAACCAUAUCAGUAGUAGUAAUAGUAUGAAUAACAGUGGUGGGAAUAAUCAUGAUAAAAGGAGUACACAGGCUGAAAACAAGAAACACGACCUACGUGAUAUGCCCUAUUUUAAUCAGAGUCAACCAGAUCUUCGUAUCGAAAAUCAACAAAACCAGCCUUCUACAGACAAUCACUUGCGAAGUACAAUAGAUCAUAAAAAGUCGAACAGCACUGAUCAUCGACCUGUUUCUCAACGUCUUCGUCAUCAACAGCAUCCUCAGAACCCACCUCCACAACAACAACAACAACAACCGAAGCACAACACUAACACCCGUCCAAAUCAUCCUUCUGUAAAUAAAGCUAAGAGAUUGGAUCAGUCAAGACAGAAAAUCGGUUCUUUAAGUCGUUCUACGCCAUCGUUAAAUUUAGCUGAAAUUGGAAUGAAUGAUGAAGCAAGUGAACUAGAAGAUCAUGAUGGUUACAAAGAUGAUCAUCAGAAAUCAAGUAAACAACAUCCUUCAGGGAAACAACAUUCAUCAAGAAGUCGUACACAUUUCCCAGAGAAAAUCAAUAGGCCUCAGAGUGUAGAUGCUAGUCGACACCGUUCCCAGUCACGUUCCACACCAUCCUCUCCAUCAUCACUGAGUGAAACUACAUCCUCUGAAUCAGAUAUCAUUAUAAAUAAUCCCGAAGAAGAAGAAGAGAACGAACAUCAAAGACAUCAACCUAUACAGCAUCAAGAAGAAGAACAACAACAUCAACAUGGAUACAACGGUGGAUAUCGAAGGACACAGACUCCAACGGAAUCAUUAAAACAGCAUAAAAUCAGUAAACGGUCAACUGCUUCACCGUCAAUCUCCUCACAUCUUCUUCCACAAGAGAAUUUUCAUUCACAACCAAAUAUUUUAAAGAAAGCCUACCUGGAUAACACGGAUAAUUACGAUAAAAAUUCUCUAGUGAACAGUGAUGGCGCCGCCUAUCCACAAUAUCAUCAAGAGAAAUCUUUACAACCUAUUAUUAUGGCAGAAUCUAUAUCAAAUGAUUUUACAAGUUUAGAGUCCGUGAGCAGUGGUCAACAGACGGUUUGUAGUUUGAAUGAAUCCCAGCCAAUGACCGACGAUAAUCAUGAUAAAAUGCCGAAAUCCAAUAGUCAUGAAACUCGACGAGUUCGUCAUCAACCGCCGCCACCACCACCACCUCCCCCUCCGUCAACAUCCUCAACAGCUCCGCCUACAAAUUACUCUACAAAGAAUGAAAUGUUGACAACAAGGAAAGAUGCUCAAGGGAAUUGGAAACCUGCAUGGCGUGAAACAGACUUGGAUCGUUGUAAUGGUCAGGAAUUAAAUGUUGACAAUCAUAGUAAUAAUAAUAAUAAUAAUGGUGACAUUAAUGAAAGGAAUCAGCGUAGACUGAUGCAUAAUAAUAUUGACAGUGUGCCUUCUGUGGAUGAAAUUCAAGAGAAACAUGAAAUUUCAAGAAACAGUUCGCCAACAUUUUUCAAAAAUACUAACCAUAAUCCAACUGAGCAGAGCAUCUAUCUUCCACGUCCAUUUGAGAAUACUACCUCGUCUCGAAUAAUAAAUGAUCAGCCUGUUGAAGAAACACGACAGAAUAAUAAUACAAUAGCCACAAUUGGACAAUAUGACAGUUCAAAUGAAAAUCACUUGAAAGCUAAUAAUUUGUCAUCAUCAAUAGCUAGUUACCAUCAAAAUAAUUCUACGACAAAUUCAUUGAUGUAUGAAGAGGAACCAGCUUCAGAGGCGUUAAAACCACCUUCACAUGCUGUCGUAUCGAUUAAUCGAUGGAAUGAAGAGUCUAUGACGAUGGUCAGUGGACCAGUUGUACAAACAGAUCUUCCAAAUGUACAUAUAGAUCCUCAACGUGGUCGUAUCUCAACCAAGUCAUAUUCUACAAAUCAAACAACCAAUCCACUGAACAAUAAUCAACCUGUACAAUCAUAUACAUCGUCAACUGGUUAUUCUUCUAUGUCUAAUGAUAUUAUUAUACCGCCAACAAAAUCAUUUGUACAUCAGCGUAUUUCACAAUUCACAAAUGAUUAUCAGGACUUUGAUCCUCCUAAGUUGUCGACAACGACGUUAGCAGUCACAACAACUACAACAUCUGUACAAAAGUCAACCUAUCUAUCAUCUUCUUCAUAUUCUGGUGUAAAUAUGUCAUAUCCGGAUAGCAGACAUGUUAAUGGAGUUUAUCCAAUGGGCAAGGAAUCUUCAAAUCCUCUGUUGAGUCAAGAAGCUCACAACGCACAAACCUAUUCCAAGCCUAUAAAUACUCCAUCAUAUAUGCCUUCACCGCCUCCUGUACCAACAGCAGAAUACCCACAAUAUCAUCCUCCCGAGCGAUUGGAACCAGUUCACUGGUCAACCUAUAAACAUUGUUCGUCGAAUGAAGAAAGAACUAGCAAUUAUAAUAUUAAUAAUAGUAAUAGUAAUAUUAAUGAAAAGUCUUCAAGGAAUUUUAUGUCCCCACAGCCCUCUUCAACCAAUCUACCAUCCUCGAGACUACCAUUCGAACAGCCAAUAAUGAAUAAACCUGAUUCAGACAAUAAUUAUCAACCUUCCUUAUCAAAAUACUCGAACAGACCGAUUGUACACGCGUCUUCAUCACCUACAGGUGUUGGCGGCUCGGCUGCAAGUCGUGUUCUAGCUCUCCAAUCAGAAAUUGCAGAAUUAGAAGCACAACAACGUGUAGACAGUCGAUUGGAUUUAGGUCCAACAUUGGAUAGAUUACAUGUGGAGUUACAAUUUCAAAAACGUUUGGCAGAACGUGAAUCCAACUGUAAACUUUCGCUGAAUAAUACUUCUCGUACAAGUCCAGCAGUGGUAGCGAAUGAUACGAAAACUUAUAGUUUGCCUGAAAAGUCAAAUACACUGGAGUCGAUUCAUCCACAUCCUUCAUCGAUGUCAGUAACAAAUCAACCGUAUCGAAAGGAUUGGAUUCAUAAAAAGCAACAGGCUGAACAAGAACUUUUAGAAAAACAAAAUCAGAGAAUAUCUCAACUGGAAGAAGAACAUCGAGCAAUGUUAAUUCGACAAGAAUUACGAGCGAAAGAACGCAGUCAAUGGUUUGAACGGAAACAACAACAUCAACAGCCCCAGACCCAUAGUCCCUCCAAUCCGUCAACACUGAAAAUGAACAGUAAUGAUAAUGCGCAUGAUGAAUAUGAUGAUGAUGAUGCGAAAUCAUGGAAUUAUCAAACUUUAAGUCAAGUACCACUUAGACAGAAUUCUGAUGACAAUCUUUCUCAAGCAUCCAGUAGUCAAAAUCGUUAUGGACGACCAAGAUUUGAUGCAAAACAAGAAAUGCCAAAAUUCGUACCCUAUGCGAUGCCACAUCCAAUUCAAUCACGUCUAGGUCCACAAGUUAUUGAAAGCGAGUUAUCUCGUCUUCAUAGCACCACUGUUCCAGGCACGUCUACUGAUGGUAGUAUGCGUGUAAAAAAAUCUGUAUCGUUCGAUAAAAACUUGGAGACAAUAUCUGUUUACAGUCCACCUACAACACCUCAGGAUAGCCUGAUCGAAAAUUCUUCAACAAACAAGGUACGUAAUUCCAGCAGAACAACAACUGGACAAAAUUUAGCUGUGAAGAUUCCUCCACCAUCUAUGCCUUCGUAUAAAAAAUCCUUAAGUCCACCAAUUGGUUUUGAAACUGUUGAUGACAGUAGAACAAACGCCGCAGAGAAACAUAGUCAACAGGGUAGAACAACAAAUUCAAACACUGGCAUACCCAGAUCAGCGUCUCAGGGAAAGAUACCCCACCUGAAUAAUAACAACAAUAAUAACAAUAUGCCUAAUAUAACUGUCAAACCACCGCCUAAUGCAGAACUCCUACCAUUCAAAGAGAAAAUGCGUUUAUUUGCUCAACAAAUCGGUGAAGGUCCACCUAAAGAGCGUAUCAAAGCAUCUAGUCGUCAGAGAGAAUUACAGACUGCUAAUAAUCUCAAUUGA